ACGACGAUAAUUCAAAGAUCAUUGAAACAUCUGCAUUCAGUUUCAAGUUCACAAGUACUUGAAUCUUCUAAGUUGGACCUUCAUUAUCAGAACAACAGCUCAAUAUACCCAAGUCAUCCUACCAAUCCUGACACGCAGACACCAUGGCGGCGGCCUUGACACCAGCACAAACCGCCAUCGUCAAGUCCACAGUUCCGGUCCUCGCUCAACAUGGCGAGACUAUCACCGCAAAAUUCUACCACGACAUGAUCUCCGCGAACCCGUCCCUCAAAAACAUCUUCAACCACACGCACCAAGCAACAGGCCACCAAGCGCGCGCCCUCGCCGGCGCGCUCUACGCCUACGCCGCCAACCUCGAUGAUCUGGGCAAGCUUAGUCCCGCCGUCGAGCUCAUCUGCCACAAGCACGUCAGCCUGAACGUUCAGGCCGAGCACUACGGCAUCGUGGGCGAGUUCCUGCUCAAGACGAUGAAGGCUGUGCUCGGCGACGCCGCGACCGAGGAGCUCCUCGACGCCUGGGGCGCCGCCUACUGGCAGCUCGCCAACAUCAUGAUUGAUAAAGAGGCGCAAAUGUACGCGGCGACGAGCUACUGGCAGGGCUGGCAAGACUUCAAGAUCACACGCAAAGAAAAGGAGUCCGAGGAGAUCACGUCGUUUUAUUUCGAGCCUGUGGACGCGAACCUCAAGCUCCCGCUGUUCAAGCCGGGGCAGUACGUCUCUGUGAAUAUGUUUAUCGAGGAGCUCGACGGCGGCGUGUGGCAGGCGCGGCAGUACAGUUUGAGCGAUGCGCCGGGGAAGCCGUAUCUGCGGAUCAGCGUCAAGAGGGAGCCCGAGAUUGAGAUUGGAGAGCCAAAGCAUAUGGCACAUGCGGGGUACUUGUCGAAUAUCCUGCACGAUACGAAGGAGGUGGGGGACGUGGUCAAGCUGUCGCAUCCAUUUGGCGACUUUUUCUUCGAAGACAACGACGGAGAGAAGGACUCACCCGUUGUGCUGAUCUCGGCGGGUGUCGGCCUGACGUGCUUGAUGAGCAUUCUGAACGCAUUGGUCGAAGAUGGCGGCUCGCGACCGAUUACUUGGAUUCAUGGAUCGCGGCAUUCCAGGGUGCGAGCGUUCAAGGCGCACGUCGACGAGCUGGCAGCCCGCGAGAGGAGUAUUCGCAAGCUGUACUUCUCUUCCUCACCUGUCGCAGGCGAAGUCAAGGGACAGCAUUACGACGUCGAAGGCCGCGUCAACCUAGACAAGAUCGAGCAGGAGCAUCUCUUCACGGAGAAUAAGAAGGCGCAAUACUUCGUCUGCGGACCCACGCAGUUCAUGUUGGAAGUAGAAGCAAAGCUGAAGAGUUUUGGCGUCGACGACAACAGGGUACAUAUGGAGCUGUUUGGCACUGGAGGCGUCCCAAGGGUUUAGACAUUCUGCCCGGGAAUCGACGUAGACUUAGAGGCUGUUUUCAAUUGUUCGCGUUUGGUUAUUCGAGCGUUGGUCGUUCUGGCAUUUGGAAUUUUUCUUGCUAGAUACACUCCCCAUUCCUUGUUGGUUCUGGAGCAUAAUUUCAUAGCAGGUGUGAGAGCAUUACAUUUACAUGUCUUAACUGACGAAUAGUUUCAAAAGAUCAUUGAUUGUGUGAUGGCUUGCUGAUUGCGAGGAAUCCAGCUUAUUGAUAGGCCAGGUUUGUCCAGAAAUGUUACUGGAUAGCUCGCAAAUCAUCGACGAAGGAGCCUGGCCCAUGGCUCCAUGGGUCAGUAUCCCAUACAUGGCU